ACUAAUGAUCAUUUUAUGAUCAUCCUCGCUAACAUGAGCUAGCACCUUCAUAAUAAAUAGGAGACUGUUUUGUUAUAAUAUGUGGUUCACAACUCUAGGUAAUAAUCACUGCUCUUGAGUCUGUUAUGCUGAGGUGAGGAGUUAACACAAAUCAUUCAAAUUCAAGCUCCAAAAAUGGCUAACUUUUGGAUUUCAAUUGGUGAAAUUUCAUGGACUUGUCUUAAGAAGUUUGAUUUAAAUUCUUUAUGUUCUCAAAGAAGCUUAGUAGACACAAUCAACAUACUCUUUCUCUGUGUCUACUACACAUCUUUGCUUAUCACUUUAAUCAGAAAAAGUUGUACAAAUGAAAGCCAAAGAAAAUGCUGGAAUUUCCUUAUUGUCUCAAUCUGUUGUGCACUUAUUAGCAUUGCAUUUUUCAGUUUUGGCUUAUGGAAUCUUAUAGCUAAAACUGAUAACUCUGAGGAACUGAAUUUGGUAGUUUGCAUUAUCAAAGGAUUCAUUUGGAUUUCUUUUGCUGUUUCAUUGAUUGUUCAAAGAAUCAAAUUGGUUAGAAUAUUAAACUCUAUAUGGUGGCUUUCUUCUUGUAUAUUGGUUUCAUCUCUCAACAUUGAAAUUCUGUUAAAAAAUCAUGUCAUUGAAACUUUUGAUAUUGUACAGUGGCUUGUAUAUUUCCUUCUUCUAUAUUGUGCCUUCAAAAAUCUUGGUCACAUAAGAGAUAAUAGAGUUCAAGAAUGUUUAUCUGAGCCACUAUUAGCUCAAAAAAAUGAAACUGCACAAACUGAAUUAGGUCAUGCUACUUUUCUUAGCAAGUUGAUUUUCUCUUGGGUUAAUUCAUUACUCAGUUUAGGUUACUCAAAGCCACUAGCUCUUGAAGACAUUCCUUCCCUUGUUUCUGAAGAUGAAGCAAACAUGGCUUAUAAAAAAUUUGUUCAUGCUUGGGAAUCACUUGUUAGAGAGAGGACUAAGAACAAUACAAAGAGUUUGGUUCUUUGGUCUAUAGUUAGAUCAUACCUAAAAGAAAACAUAUUAAUAGCAUUUUAUGCAUUAAUCAGAACUAUAGCUGUUGUAGUUUCACCUCUAAUACUCUAUGCUUUUGUUAACUACUCAAAUAGAACUGAGGAAGAUCUCAAACAAGGUCUUUCCAUAGUUGGUUUUUUGGUUGUCACUAAAGUCUUUGAGUCGGUAUCUCAAAGACAUUGGUUUUUUAACUCAAGGAGGUCAGGUAUGAAAAUGAGAUCAGCUCUAAUGGUAGCAGUUUAUCAAAAGCAGCUAAAGCUUUCUAGCUCGGCAAGGAAAAGACACUCGGUCGGAGAAAUUGUGAAUUACAUUGCAGUUGAUUCUUAUAGAAUGGGAGAAUUUCCAUGGUGGUUUCAUAUAACAUGGACUUCUGCAUUGCAACUUUUUCUUUCCACCAGUGUUCUCUUUAUUGUUGUUGGUAUUGGUGCUCUUCCUGGUUUAGUGCCUCUUCUUAUAUGUGGACUUUUCAAUAUACCAUUUGCAAGGAUCCUACAAAAUUGUCAGUCACAGUUUAUGAUUGCACAGGACGAACGUCUUCGAACAACUUCAGAGAUUCUAAAUAGUAUGAAGAUCAUUAAGUUACAAUCAUGGGAAGAAAAAUUCAAGAACUUAGUCGAGUCGCUGCGCGAUAAAGAGUUUGUAUGGUUGUCUAAGGCACAGAUCCUGAAAGCUUCUGGUUCAUUUCUUUAUUGGAUAUCUCCUGCAAUGGUUUCUGCUGUUGUUUUCCUUGCAUGUUCUGUCACUAAAAGUGCACCAUUGAAUGCUGAAACCAUUUUCACAGUUCUUGCAACAUUAAGGAACAUGGGAGAACCUGUUAGAACUAUCCCAGAGGCUCUAUCCAAUAUGAUUCAAGCUAAGGUUUCAUUCGAUCGUCUUAAUAACUUUUUUCUUGAUGAAGACCUUAACAAUAAUGAGAGUGAAAAAAACUUAAACCAGUGUUCAGUUAAUGCUUUACAAAUUCAAGAUGGAAACUUCAUUUGGGAUCAUGAAUCUAUGUCUCCAGCCUUAAAAGAUGUUAAUUUAGAGAUAAAAUGGAGACAGAAAAUUGCAGUUUGUGGACCAGUUGGAUCUGGAAAAUCAUCUCUUUUGUAUGCAAUACUUGGAGAGAUCCCUAAGAUUUCAGGAACUGUUUAUGUAGGUGGCACACUAGCCUAUGUCUCUCAAUCUUCUUGGAUACAAAGUGGAACAGUUCAAGAUAAUAUACUAUUUGGCAAGGAAAUGGACAAAACAAGAUAUGAGAAAGCAAUUAAAGCUUGUGCUUUAGAUAAGGAUAUCGAUGAUUUUAGCCACGGUGAUCUUACAGAAAUAGGUGAGAGAGGGAUUAACAUGAGUGGAGGACAAAAGCAAAGGAUUCAACUAGCUAGAGCAGUCUACAAUGAUGCUGAUAUCUAUCUUCUUGAUGAUCCUUUCAGUGCAGUUGAUGCUCAUACAGCUGCAAUACUAUUCAAUGACUGUGUCAUGACUGCUUUAAGAGACAAAACAGUCAUUCUAGUUACUCAUCAAGUGGAGUUUCUCUCGGAAGUCGAUACUAUCUUGGUAAUGGAGGAUGGAAAAGUUAUUCAAUCAGGUAGUUAUGAGAAUCUCCUAAAAUCUGGAACAGCCUUUGAACUACUUGUGAGUGCUCAUAAAGUCACAAUUAACGAUUUGAAUCAAAAUAGUGAGGUUUUGUCUAAUCCUCAAGACUCUCAUGGUUUUUAUCUCACGAAAAAUCAAAGCGAAGGAGAGAUUUCUAGCAUCCAGGGUUCAAUUGGUGCUCAGCUUACACAAGAGGAAGAAAAAGUGAUUGGUAAUGUUGGAUGGAAGCCACUUUGGGAUUAUAUUAAUUAUUCCAAUGGGACAUUGAUGUCGUGUUUGGUCAUAUUAGGACAAUGUUGUUUUUUGGCUUUGCAGACUUCAUCGAACUUUUGGCUUGCUACAGCCAUUGAAAUUCCAAAAGUAACUGAUACCACCUUGAUUGGAGUUUAUGCAUUACUCUCUAUUUCUAGUACUUCUUUUGUAUAUGUAAGGUCUUACUUUGCUGCACUUUUGGGAUUAAAAGCUUCGACGGCUUUCUUCUCAAGCUUCACUACAUCUAUCUUCAAUGCUCCAAUGCUUUUCUUUGAUUCAACUCCUGUAGGAAGAAUUUUAACUAGAGCUUCAUCAGAUUUGAGUAUUUUGGACUUUGAUAUACCUUAUUCCCUCACCUGUGUAGCAAUUGUGGCAAUUGAAGUUUUGGUGAUGAUUUUUGUGAUUGCUUCAGUCACAUGGCAAGUUCUCAUUGUUGCUGUUCCUGCAAUGGUUGCAUUAAUAUUCAUUCAGAAAUAUUAUCAAGCCACUGCAAGGGAACUAAUACGGAUCAACGGAACCACCAAAGCUCCAGUCAUGAAUUUUGCAGCCGAGACAUCACUUGGAGUGGUUACCGUACGAGCAUUCAACAUGGUAGACAGAUUUUUCAAAAACUACUUAAAACUUGUGGAUACAGAUGCUUCAUUGUUCUUUCAUUCCAAUGUGGCAAUGGAAUGGUUAGUUUUAAGGAUUGAAGCACUUCUAAAUUUGACUGUCAUCACUGCAGCUUUGCUACUCAUUCUACUUCCUCAAAGAUAUCUAUCCCCAGGCCGCGUGGGAUUGUCUCUUUCUUAUGCUCUUACCUUGAAUGGAGCCCAAAUAUUUUGGACUAGAUGGUUUUCCAACUUAUCAAAUUAUAUCAUCUCUGUUGAAAGAAUCAAGCAAUUCAUUCACAUACCAGCUGAGCCUCCUGCCAUUGUGGAUAAUAACCGGCCGCCAUCUUCAUGGCCUUCCAAGGGCAAGAUUGAUCUUCAAGGGUUAGAGGUUCGAUAUCGUCCUAAUGCUCCAUUAGUCCUUAAGGGAAUCACUUGUACAUUUAAAGGAGGAAGUAGGGUCGGAGUUGUUGGAAGGACCGGAAGUGGAAAAAGUACACUGAUUAGUGCUUUGUUUCGCUUAGUUGAGCCUUCAAGAGGUGAUAUUCUUAUUGAUGGGAUAAACAUUUGCUCAAUGGGAUUGAAGGAUUUGAGAAUGAAGCUAAGCAUAAUCCCUCAAGAACCAACUCUUUUCAAGGGCAGCAUUAGAACAAACCUGGACCCUCUAGGCCUGUACUCAGAUGAUGAAAUAUGGAAGGCUGUAGAGAAAUGUCAGCUUAAGGAAACAAUCAGCAAGCUACCAAGUCUCUUGGACUCUUCUGUGAGUGAUGAAGGUGGAAAUUGGAGCUUGGGACAACGCCAAUUAUUUUGCCUCGGAAGAGUUCUACUUAAAAGGAACAGAAUUCUUGUUUUGGAUGAAGCUACUGCAUCCAUUGAUUCAGCCACAGAUGCGAUUCUACAAAGAAUAAUUAGACAAGAAUUUGAAGAAUGCACAGUUAUAACUGUUGCUCACAGAGUUCCAACUGUAAUAGACAGUGACAUGGUCAUGGUUCUAUCUUAUGGGAAACUGGUGGAAUAUGAUGAGCCUUCAAAGCUAAUGGAUACCAACUCUUCAUUCUCUAAGCUGGUAGCUGAAUAUUGGUCUAGCUGCAGGAAGAAUUCCCUUCCAUAUAUUAGCAAGAAGCAUCAAUGAAUAAUGUCUUAAUGCAAAAUAAAGAUUGUAAUAAAUUGAAGGAAAAUGGUUCACAUCCCAUUUUAUGAGCAUAUAGUGGGGAAUCCAAGGUUCAAA